CACUACCCCAUUCCUCAUCAACGGACAUCCCCCCAAAAACCCCCUCAACCCCCACAGAAUCGUACGUAACGCCAAGGAAAGGGUAACUGUAUUCCCCUCAAUUUCCCCGAUCUGGCCACACUGUGCCACACCGAGUAGCGCUUCAGUUUGCAACCAUGGCGGAUCCGUUGAGCUUGUUGCGGCAGUACAAUGUUAAUAAAAAGGAAAUAAUUGAACGUGAAAAUCAAAUUAUUUUCGGGGAAUUUUCCUGGCCGAAGAACGUGAAAACCAACUACUUGACAUACGGGUCUGGCAAAGAAGGAACACCAAAGGAGUAUUAUACUCUAGAGUGCCUGUUAUUUUUACUGAAACAUGUGCAACUUACACAUCCUGUGUAUGUGCGUCAGGCAGCAGCAGAAAAUAUCCCUGUUGUACGUAGGCCUGACAGAAAGGAUUUAUUGGCUUACCUUAAUGGUGAAACUGCUACUUCAGCCGCCAUAGACAAAUCUGCACCCUUGGAGAUCCCCACGCAAGUAAAAAGAACAGCUGAAGAUGGAUUGGAAAGUGGUUCCUCAAAGAAACCACGUUUUGAAGAAACUCAUGUUCAGAAGGUCAAAGAACAACUUGCAGCUCGAUUGGAUGCUCCUAAAGAGGCUUCUGUCACAGUGGACAACAUUAAAUCCCUUUCUGAGGCAAUGUCUGUUGAAAAGAUUGCUGCUAUAAAAGCCAAACGUUUAGCUAAGAAACGUACUACUAUUAAGGAGAAUGACGACAUUGGAAUGGGAUCUGACUUACGUGUAAUAUUGAUGGAUGUGGAUGACACAAAGGACAUAGUUUCCAGGGAGAGGCAGUGGAGAACACGUGCAACUAUUCUUCAGAGCAGUGGAAAAAUAUUUGCCAAAAAUAUAUUUGCAAUUCUUCAAAGUAUUAAGGCUCGUGAAGAGGGCAGACAAAAAGGCCCUGCUGCUCCUACACCAAUGGUUACUCCUAGAUCCACACCUAUGCGUCCAUUGCCGCAGCCAGCUGUGUAUAAUAGAUACGAUCAGGAAAGGUUUAUCAGACAAAAGGAAGAAACAGAAGGAUUUAAAAUUGAUACAAUGGGUACUUAUCAUGGUAUGACCCUUAAGUCAGUGACAGAAGGCACUAAUCCAGCAGUCAGAAAACCACCAACAAACCCUUCCACUGCUCCUAGUUCUGGUUUGCUACCAACUUCCGCUGCCAAACUCACUCCCCAGCAAGCAGCUCAAAACAAGCGGCCUAGUAGAACUCCCAUCAUCAUCAUUCCAAGUGCAAAUACAUCACUGAUAACAAUGUAUAAUGCAAAGGACAUACUUCAGGACCUAAAGUAUCUUAGCAAUGAGGAAAAACGUGCACAAGGUACUAAACGUGAAAACGAGGUUCUUCUGCAGCGACGCAAGGAAGGUGGACUCACAGUGCCAUACAGGGUAGUGGAUAAUCCACAGAAACUAACAAAUGCAGACUGGGAAAGGGUUGUUGCUGUAUUUGUAAUGGGUCCAGCUUGGCAAUUCAAAGGAUGGCCUUUCGAUGGCAACCCUGUUGAAAUCUUUUCAAAAAUUUGUGCAUUUCAUUUGAAAUAUGACGAAAUGAGGUUGGAUGCAAAUGUGGCUCGUUGGGCUGUGACUGUGAUCGAAUUGAGUAGGACGAAAAGGCAUUUGGAUAGGGCUGCAUUGAUGAUAUUCUGGGAACAUCUAGACAAGCAUAUGAUCAAGAACAAACCACACCUUCGAUUUUGAAUCGAAUUUCGUCGAGACCAACGGGAAGGACUUCCGGAAGCAACGUGUCUGCUUCCAGACAACAAAUAUUUGUACAUACGAAUGAUCAGAGUCUAACGCCUGUGUACAUAAAAUUUAUAGAACACGAAAAUGUCUUAUGUGUGACCUAUCGCGAGAAAAAAAAAGCGAGGCCCGUUGCCUGCGUAUUCAUACAUAGACACACCCACACUCUGUUCACGUGUACAACAUCAUUAAUUUUUUUGAUUCGUUUCUACGCAAUAUUUUGAUUCGUCGUUUAUGUAGCAUAAUAUGACUCUUAAAUGUUUAUUUUAGCGCAGAAUUGAUAUGCACUCAUUGUUGAGAGAACCAAUGAUUAUUUUAACGGUAAACAUGAUGACGUAGGGAUGUAACUGCAAUAAUCUUUGGUAUAUUCGUAUCGCAUACGUACCAAAAUAAAACAAUUGUUAUUCACAUUUCGUGGAGCGUUUAUUAAAGAACCAAAUAAAAAUCAACGACUAAUUCAUGUAA